AUGGAAAAUCUACAAAAACAAAUGGACGAUGUUUCUAAAGCUAGAUUGGAUCCCGAUCGUAAUGCAGGAAAACCAAAAGAGCUCAAUAAGUUGCGUGGAAAAUUCAAUGAGAUAAGAGAAGCUUCUCAUGAUGAUGAUAAGAAAGGAAAAUGCUGUGUGAAGAAGGAAGGAUCAAUUGAUACCGGAAAUAUGGCAGAUGUAAAUACAGCUAUGGAUAUUUGA